GGUGUGUGUGUGUGUGUGUGUGUGAGUGUGUGUAUGUUUGGAAAGCAGACUGAUUCCGAUUUUGUGAAAUCUUGUGAAAGUCGGUGGGGCUGCACCGCUCCACAUUUUUGCGCAACUAUUUUCACUUAUCCCUCGUCACAGAUAUUAGCUGAAGAAAACCAUGACCCGAGAUUGUUUCUGCAUCCGGCGCGCGCUUUGGAUCGCUGCUCGUUCCGGACUGUUAAAGCGGUGCUGAAAACCGCUGCGCUCUGUUUGUAUAACUUUGAUCGCGGUGGUUACAGGCGAUCACUGAAGUCUAAAACUCUCUCCUCUGUCGGACUCAUGGCUCUGUGGAGAAUGGAACUGAUCAGACUCUAUUUGCUCCAGCUGGCUGUAAUAGGAGUACCCUGGCUGGUGUCGGCGGGGCAGUGGGACUGCCUGACUGCAGGCGAUUCAUGCUCCAGUGAUGAGGCUUGCAGUCCACGACUACGAACCCUGCGUCAGUGUGUGGCAGGUGGAGGGAGUGUGAAGCUGGGCCCAGGGGCUCGUAAUCACUGCGAGAACGCGGUGACUGCUCUGCUAGCCAGUCCCCUCCACCGCUGCCAGUGUAAACGUGGAAUGAAGAGAGAGAAGAACUGCCUCAGCAUCUACUGGAGCCUCAAGCAGUCUGUAAUACACGGACUGAAUCUUGUAGAGAGUUACCCAUAUGAGCCUGUGGAAAGAGGGUUUGAUUAUGUUCGACUGGCUUCCAUUGCUGCAGAGUCUGAGGCGGGUAUGGCGACGGUGAAUCAUUGUCUGGAUGCAGCUAAAGCCUGCAAUGUGGAUGACACAUGCCAGAAGCUGCGCACAGAGUAUGUGUCGGCCUGCAUCGCCCCAUCGGUGAGAGCGGGGGCUUGUAAUCGCAUGCGCUGCAACAAAGCCCUGCGAAAGUUCUUUGACCGUGUGCCACCUGACUACACACACGAGCUGCUGUUCUGCCCGUGCUCAGACACAGCAUGCUCUGAGCGCCGCCGCCAGACCAUCGUCCCUGCGUGCUCAUACGAGGAAAGAGAAAAACCCAACUGCCUGACUCAGCUCAGCAGCUGUGAGGAUGACCUCGUGUGCAAAUCUCGUUGGGCCCAGUUCAAGCAUGACUGCCAGCCCUCAGAGCUCACUGCCAGCGGCUGCCAGCAAGAGAACUAUGGGGCCUGCCUCGUUGCCUACACUGGUCUGAUAGGAACCACUAUCACCCCAAACUAUCUGGAUAACUCCACAUCUAAUGUGGGGCCGUGGUGCUCGUGUGCAGCCAGUGGGAAUCACAGGGAGCAGUGCUAUGACUUCCUGAUCCAUUUCCAUGACAACAUCUGUCUCAAAAACGCUAUCCUCGCCUUUGGCAACGAUACUGACUCCAAAUCUGCAGCUAACCAGCCAGGGUCAGCUAGUCCAAGGACCAACACUCCCAAUCAACACCUAGCUACCAGUACCAUAACCACCACCAUCAUCUCAAUUAACGCGGAGAGCCAGCAGAAUAUAUUUCAUCCACAAAUACCCACCCAGAUGAAUGAGAGAGACAGACUUCUGAGUGACUCUACCCUUCCAUUACCUGAUCUGUACGACAGCAGCCCUGGAUGCACUGACCUGGCCAUGACAGCUUUCCUCCCCACCAUCCUGUUGCUGGCUUUUCAUUUCUAGAAUCAAGCCAGCCAAUCACAGCUCAGCAGCAUGGAGUUGGGUAGAGACAGUGUGUGAUGGCUUUUCAUCAAACCCCUCUGGUGAGAAAAUAGACAAAUGAAUAUAAGAGCACAAAAAGAGAGAACUAGCCAAAAAAAGACUACAACCCAAGUUUCCAGCCCACAAUGUGAAGUAGUGGUUUAUUUUCUGAGCACAGUUCUAUGACUGAUACCUGAGACUGAACUGCAGUGAAGAGUGUGUAUAUGUGUUAUGUAUGUGUGUAUAUCUAUGUAUAAAACUUUCUAUGAAGGCCUGUGUUUAAAAAAACAACAACAAAAAAAACAAAAAAAUGAAAUAACUUUGUGGCUUAUCAUGUAGUCCUUAAUCAUUAUUAUUUCAAUACCUAUUUUUUUAGAUACAGUGAUUUUGGUACAUCAGUAUUGAUGAAUCGGGUCAGUUCUGCAGCAUGCAUGAGGGACAACGCAUAGUGAUCAGUGUCAUUCAGGAGCUGUAAUCAUUCACAUGUAUGUUUAUGGUGAUGAUGACUCUUCACAGAAAGAUCGCAGGGAUGUUUAAAUAAUAUGAUGUGCUUUAUUUUUGUAAUGUGUUGAAAAUGUUCAUAUAUCAUUAGUGAUAUCCUCUUGUUACAGUCAUGAUUUUUGUCUUCGGUGAUGUCUGCAAACACACCAUUGCUUUAACCUCAGACUUAAUGAACUGCCAUGUAUUUGAUCUAUUAAGCGAAUUAUGAGUGGAAAAUCACUUUUUGUUUUUCAUCGAAUGCUCUGUAGCCCACACAUCCUGGGAUACAACACAAAAGUUUACACUGAACUGCUAGUUUAGUUUAUAAACCCGUUUCCCACCUUCACACAAAAGAAACCUUCUGCUAAGCUAUAUGUCAUGUUCCAGGUGACCAAACAGCAACACUUACUGUUCAGUUAAACACUGAAUAUAUUAAAUGCGAGACCAAGGUGGCUACUGCAGCAUGAUUGGUGUUGCUAGACGUGAUAGAUACACAUCUCACAAAUGGAUUUAGUCCUGGGUUUGUUACACUGGUUUAUCGAGAAUUGUGUGAAAUGCAAAACAACUAUGAGUGAUUAGAUCUACCCAGUGUGUUCAUCCACGGGAUCUCUUGGGAGAUUUCUUUCAAGCAAACAGACAAGCCACAGCCACAAAUCAACCCCGUUGUGUGAGCUCACAAUCCUCCACUUACCAGCUACAACUGUCAAAGACCAGCAGCAAAGGCAAAGAUGGCACAUCACGAGUCAAAAUUGGAACUCUGAGGACAGGAAUUUUUCUUCUUGUCAAAUGAAGCCAGGUAAUUUUCGCAUCAUGAUGCACUGUCGGAGGAUCAGAUUGAGGAUAACAUGAUUCCACAGAUACUUUCAGUCUGAUCAUAUAACACAGCUCAUGUUGUUGCUGAACGGCUCCAGGAAAACGAGAGCAAAUUUUUAUUGCUUCAGUGGCCUACACAAUCCCCAGUCCUCAACAGCAAGACUGAGGCGCCACACGCUACUAGGUACUUAAUGAUCAGGCAACACAGUGGCAUUGAGAAUGCCUUUUAAACAUGGUUGUUUUUAAAGAAGGUCCACAAGAAUUAGUCACACAAAUAAUUUCUAUUAGAUGACAGCAUCACUUUCUCUCAGCUUAUGGAUGUCAUUAUCCACUUUCACACACUGGCAAAACACAAGCACUUAAAACACUUACAGUUGGCUGCAUGGACUCCGGAAGUCAGUGCCUGUGGAUGUGGAAAUCUAAAGACAUCAGCAGUCAAUGUAAAAUGAAGCACAGCUCAACAAAGUGAAAGCUAUUGUGUAUUUGAUAUGCAGGAGCCGUAUUUCUUUUAAUUUUUUGCUUACUGCAAAAUUUAUUGACCAAUCAUCUUUUUGGGACACAAAAAAGGACAUGGUGUUGGCAAGUG